UAAACCUGGCAGGGCGUUAUAUAUAAAUCAGAAAGGAACGCACAUAUAUUUAAUGUUACCAAUACUGUCAUAGUGACAGAUUUACGGAACAUUUCAAAGAUUUUGUUUUCCUUCUUUCAUUUCGUAAACAGAAAUACAUUCAUUGUUUUAAUCCACUAACUCGAAAAUCAUGGAAAAGGAAUUGGACAAAGUAGUAGAGGAGAUAAUGUCAACUCCUAAUGUGAGUGGGUGUUUAGUGGCGGACCACCAAGGGCUAUGUUUAGCUGCUAAAGGCACAGCGCACGUUGACUCAGCGGGCAUAGUAGUGGCGAUAUCAGAACAGGCGUGUAAAAUACAACCGAAUUUGAAACCUCCCACUGUGUGCUUGGAGACGGACAAGAAGCAGUGUUUGAUUCAGCGACAUGGAACCAUCACAGGAGCGAUAAUCAAACAGAAAUCGUAGCUUUGCUGUAACUUGGCAGGAUACAAGCAAGAGACAACUGGACCGUGUGAAUGAUUUAUUGACUGAAAGUUAUCCUCGGAAAAUGAUCGAGUCAGUGAAUUAUUAAGAUAAUUAAUUAUUAAAUGUUUAAAAUAUAAAUAACCAUUAUAUGUAACUUGUUUAAAUCUAUGUAAAUAAACUAUUUUA